AUGGCACCAUCAUCAGAAGAUUUAGAGUGUGAGAUUGAGAUGGUACCUGAUCUGCUCUACAAUAUGAUGGCGUGGAUUCUAUCAACAAAGUCCGAAUAUUCUGUUGAAAGAGCUUCAGACAUCUCACCGGAGGUCCAUCGCCUCGCCCUCUCUCUUUCUCAGGAUUUGAUACAUUCUGCCACUCGUGGACGAAUAAAAACACCAAAACAUGUCGUUCUUCCGAUGACUGUAAAGAGCCUUACGGGGAAUGUUGAACUGAUAACCAUUCUAAACAGAUUUGGACAUGGUUUAUCAUACUCCCAAAUAGAGGAAGUGGAGACAGCUCUGGCAGAGAUGCAGAUUGCAAAGCGACAGAAUGGGGUCUUUGUACCAAGUGUCUGCUACCCUAAUGCACCAGGCGUUUUCUGCUGGGAUAACAAGGACCUACAAGAGGAAACCUUGUCAGGUAAAUUGUUGUCCAAAUUGAAAGUAAACUGCUCAUACACUUUGUUUCAGCGUAUGAGAAAAACGUUUCCAAUCUGUAACUAGAAAAACUAUGAAAAGUAGUCUUAAGAGUAGACUUAAAUAGUUUCCGUUCUCGACCAAUUGGUUAGGUAGGUUAAAAUAUCAACCAACAGCCAGGAUUUGUAGUAUUGAUUUAAGUCCUUUUUAGUAUUGAUUAAGGCACGUUUUUACAUCAAUAUUUCUCCUGUUAUUUGCUCUGCAGGUAAGGGAACGACUCAUUGCACUAAUGGCAUUGUUAUUCAACGCAAACCUCUUAAAACUUCCAAUAACCAGAAUCGCUCCAAAAAACUUUCUUUUUCCUGCAACUCUACUGACGUACUUCCAUAUCAUUCGGGACCUCGACAGGGACCUGAUACGCUCGAAAUUGAUCUCACCGCUAUUAAACAAGCCUCCCCGGAAAUUACAGCUUAUGCACGGGUCAUCGACUUUGGCCGGAUACUCUGCAGAAUGCCGAUCAAAGACACGCUAUUUUCAUUGGAAGACAAUCAAAGGCACGUUAUACCAGCGUGGUCGGGCUUCAACAUCAAACUACGCGAGGACAGUGUCCCACGUGGUUCAGUUGGCUAUUGCCAAGUUAUUGAAGCUAGUCCCACAGAACUUCCCACAGUGUAUACAGUGUUGCAAAGAUCUUUACAGAUGGCUGACCAGCUAGGGCAACAUGAUGUAAUUGUUGUUUUCGAUCAAGCGAUCUACGCAAAAGCACUUGAAUUACUAUGGCAGAACAAGGACCAGUUUCAGCGGUUGGUUGUCCGGAUUGGCUCCUUUCACACCAUCUGUGCCUUCCUUGCUGCUAUUGGCAAGCGAUUCGGAGAUGCCGGCCUUGCAGAUGUUUUGGUUGAAAGUGGCAUCGUGGGCUCAGGAUCUUGGCUGGGGUUAUUGAAGGUCGUCACUACAACCGAGCUGUACGUACACAUAAGAUACACAUAGCUUGAUUAGGUCUUUAUAGAGCUGAGUGGAUAAUAUCUUGAUGAUUCCUACAGGAUCAUAUCUUCACUUUCAACUUUUUUAAUCGAUGCUACGUAAAUAAAAUAAACAAAUUUUUUGAACCUUUUGUUAUUUUAGAUUGUGUUUGAAGCAAUGCACCGACUAAAGUGGAUGGGUUUCAAGUCAUGGCUGCAACGUAGUUGUCACCGUGGCAACCGCAUGAUCCUUGUCAGUGCCAUAGAGGACAUCCGCAAAGAGUUUAGCACAGAGAAAUUUAACAGGCUGCUGUCCAUGCCGGAUUUCCUAGAAAUUUUCAAUCUUUACAAGUAAUACUGUAAAGAAGACAAUGGUCCGCUAAAGGUGUUUUGGAAUAGCUACCUGGAGAUGGUGGAAGUGCUGAUAAAUUUCGAAAGAGCAACCAGGGAAGGGAAGUGGGCCAUGCAUCUUGAAGGCAUCAAGGAGAUGCUAUCAUGGUUCUUCGCCUACGACCAUACUAAUUAUGCUCGUUACCUUCCAGUGUACUUAGCCCACAUGAUGUUGCUACCAGAAACUCACCCAGAGGCACAUACCCUCCUGUUAAAUGGUGAUUUUGGAGUCCAACGAACAACAUUACAUGGAUUUUCACAGAUACCGGUAGAUCAAACAAUUGAGCAGACCCUGAACAGAAGCACUAAGACAAAGGGAGGAAUUGUUGGGUUCAGCCUGAGGAAAGGUGCUGUACAGCGAUGGAUGAUUACUGCUCACUCCCGUGCUGCUUUCGUAGACAAGUGUCGGAAGAUGACAACAAAUGUUCAAGAAAGCCAACGCAGACUGCACAAAGAGGCAAGCUCAGCUCGCAUGAAAAGAGAUGAGGACGACGUAAAGAAAGUUUUCGAAGUAAUCAGUAACUGGCGCAACCCGUUUGAACCAUCUGAGGAACUUCUUAGUCUUAGCUCUGGGUAUGUUGCCAGUGAAAGUGUGAAGGUCGACCUGCUCCUGGCAAAAGAGAAGGGCACAACAGCUUUGAUGGCCUUCGUAGAAGAAAGACUCGUGACAAAUUCAACAGGAUUCUUUCAAACACUCCCCAAACUAGAGCUAGGAAGUUUCCGUGAUGCACAGAAGAAGACCUCUGUAACAGCAGGAGACAGGAACUUCAUAAUCAGAGCCGACAGGAACUUAUUUGCCCGCCUUCUAGUCAUUGGACAGAGUCGCCAGAUGGACCUCAAAGAUUUGCUGAGUCACCAGCUUGGUCCCCUUCCACGGUCGUUGGCUUCAUCCGAUGGUUCAUUAGCCAAGAGAAACAAAGCAAUUCUUUCCAAGCUACUCAAAAAUGGAGUAGAAUGCCUGCCGACUUUACCUGAUCUGACAACAGCUGUCAUCAUAGACGCCAUGGCGAUGAUGCAGACGCUAGUGAGGAUACCUGAUAGAUUUUUUGAGCUGGCAGACAUGGUGAUGACCAGAAUUCUGAUAGAGGUUGGAGAGGCAGCAAGAAUCGACUUUGUAGGAGAUCAAUAUCAAGCUAACUCAAUUAAAAACACCGAGAGGAACAAGCGAGGCAGAGAUGGUGAGAUAGUCAUCAACAUUACCGAUGGUCAGCAUUUCUGCCCUCGUCAGUGGAGAAAGUUCAUGGCAAAGGGAAGCAACGAAACUGGUCUCUUAAACUUCUUUGCACGUGAGUGGUUACAAAAUGCGGUUUACGCCGAGAAAAUCAAAGAACGCACUCUCUUUAUCACUCAUUGAGACAAUUGCACCAAACUCUCCGCCUCUGAUGGUACAAUUACUGCAUGCACAGUCUUGGAACUUUGCAGCAAUCAAGAGGAAGCUGUGUUACGCCCCAAAAUGUAAUAAUCGCCGCAAAAUGUAAUAAGAAUCGCCGCAAAAUGUAAUACUAACGCAAAAUGUAAUAACAUUGACGCAAAAUGUAAUAAAAUUUUCAACGCAGAAUGUAAUAAUCUUUCAACGCAAAUUGUAAUAACUUUUCUAACGCAUAAUGUAAUAACGCAAAAUGUAAUAAUUUCGGAAUAACGAGGUGCAUGCCAUUUUAAAAUCGGUAUUGUUGCUCAGUCAUUGGUAGUAGCGAAUUCAGAUCUUCAAUUAAAUUAUAAGCUAUUAUUAUUAUUGAUAUUAAUAUUAAUAUUAUUAAUAAUAUUAAUAUUACUAUUAAUAUUAUUAUUAUUAUUAUUAUUAUUAUUAUUAUUGCUAAUAUUACAAUGAAACAGUUGAAAUGAGGAGAUGUAAUCAUCUUUAGGGAACCGAAUGGGACGUUUGUUUUCGCUGAUUUGAACGUAAUACAGGUCCCAAUACAGUGCCCACCUAGCCGUCCUAAGCCAAAAUUUCGCCCUAAGUGAGAAAUAAGUGUUAAUUUUGGCUUAGGGGAGGGUUAUGUAGACAGUUUCCCAUAAUUAUCCAAAAAUUCUAACCAAAACCAAAUUACCCAUACACCCUCCCCUCUCAGGUGGUCAAAAAUGGUCGGCCCUAAAAAGACGAAAUUGCGCACUUUUUAUGGAUCUCCCAGUUCAAGAUUUGGUGCCGUCAACUCUAAGCCAAUGGCGAUUGCGUCGCUGAGCAAAUUCAAGGUUUCGUUUAGCGUCGAAUGCGUUUCCUGAUAUUGAGUCGGUCGGUCGGAUUGAGACAAAAAGCCUAAAAAACAAAAUCACAAGAAGUCUCGGAAUAGGAGGCCCUGGUACCCCAGUACGACGUUAAAAGUUAACAUUCACCUAUUUGGAUUAACAAAAUACACAAUAUACUGUAAAAAAUGUUUAUGUCUUUGUUCCUGUUUUUCUCUAUGCUAUUACUAUGCUCAUUUUUCAGAUUAAAAGAAUUAUUUCAAGUGAAAAAUGGUUUAACUACGUCGUUACUUUUUUUUUGAAAAUGCCAAAAAUUUGGGUCGGUCGGACGACGCUAAACGGAGAAAAAAAGAGGAUGGCCUGUCUUCUAAUCACAACUGCCUUGCCAGGCAAAUUCAAUGUUUUUGUGCAUCAUCUUAACUCUACUGCAAUCAAAAAUGCGUUACUGGGCUAACUAAAAAAAUUUUGCGCUAUCUGUUCUAGGCAAACGACAACUGCCUUACAAGGCAAACUGAUUUGACUUUGCAAAGCUUGGAAACUUCAACAUAAAAGAAACUUGGACCAAAAAAACUGCAUUAAGAACAAUUCAGCCUCUAUUAAGUGAGAACUUAGGAAAAGUAAGCUACAGCCAAAGUUGUCUGGUUCUCAUGAAAAAAAGUGUGACAUAUUUUAUAUUUUAAAUGCAUUUGAAUUAUGCUUUGAAAGUUGAUUCUAUUACUUGUUUUCGACAAGAGCUAUUUUAUUUGACUGCAAUUAAAUUCAACACGUGAAAUUAAACCAAGUCUCUCAGUUGCUACAGUUGUGGUACAGUAAAGCAAGCUCUUGCAGCCAUUUUUGUCUAGUCACGCAACGCUCCUCCUCCUUUGUUGGGGAAGAGUGUUGCGUGAAGAGACAAAACACGGCUGCGAGAGAGACUAGCUGAGCACGGAAGUAACACGACGUUUCAACCGUUAUUUCAUUAAUAAUAAUAAUAAUAAUAAGAAGAAGAAGAAGAAGAAGAAGAAAAUAAAUAUUAUUACUAUUAUUAUUAUCAAUAUUGAUAAUAAUAAUAAUAAUAGUAUUAAUAAUAAUUCACAUGAAGAUCUGGAUCAGCUACUGAUUACUGCGCCACAAUACCGAUUUUGAAAUAGCAUGCACGUCGUUAUUUCGGAAAUUAUUACAUUUUGCGUUAUUACAUUAUGCGUUAUAAAAUUUAUUACAAUUUGCGUUGAAGGAUUGUUACAUUUUGCGUUUAAAAUUUUAUUACAUUUUGCGUCAAUGUUAUUACAUUUUGCGGCGAUUCCUAUUAUAUUUUGCGUUAAUAUUACAUUUUGCGGCGUAACAAGCUGAUACCAGGAUGCUCCUCCACGCAAAUCGUGCUUCUCAAAAUGGACAUCAGCACAUUGCUAUAAGGUCAGCUGUCAUUGCUGCUGACAUAACACUGAUCAGCGGCACUAAAAGCAGAUCUUGCAAUGUGAGUAUCCGACAAGUAUGUGAAAAGCUUGGCCGAGAGAUAUGUGAAGUACUUCCAAGCCUACAUGCCAUAACCGGUUGUGAUAGUGUCAGUGCCUUUGCUACCAAAGGAAAGAAGAAAGCACUUGAUAUUGUACAUUUGAAUCCAGCUCUGAGGCAAAUUGUCAGUAGUCUUGGUGAGAGGCUCCCUCCUAAUAAUGAAGAAGAUUUAAAGAAGAUGGAACGAUUUGUUUGUGCCUUGUACAAUGACCCUAGAUGCAAUGAUGUAAACGAACUCAGGUACAAGUUGUUUUGCAAGAGCAAAAACCUGCAGUCACACCAGCUUCCACCAACAAAAGGAGCUCUGACAUACCACCUCAAGCGUGCUAACUAUCAGGCCUUCCUCUGGAAGCAUGCCCUAGAGAAACAAACGGACCAGGCGCCCGAUGGCCAUGGAUGGCAGAUGAAAGAAGGCCAACUGGAAAUCUACUGGACUAACCAGGCACCAGCCCCCGAUGCUGUGAUGGAGCUUGUAUGCUGCGGCUGCAAAGGAUUGUGUCAAACACAACGCUGCUCUUGUGUUGGCAAUGGUCUUCCCUGCACUGAGGCAUGUACAUGCCAAGAUAACUGUGUCAAUUGUGUUAGCAAGGAAGAUAGUGAAGAAGAUGAUGAUAGUGAUGACGAUACUGAUGUUGAUGAUAAUGAUGACGAUACCGAAGAUAAAAAUGACAGUUAA